AUGCAAUUCACACAGCUUGUUGCGCUUGCUCUGGCGCUCGCUACCUCCGAGGCUGCUCACCAAGGCUUCAACUAUGGCAAUACCAAGUCCGAUGGCAGCGCCAAGUCCCAGUCUGACUUCCAGUCCGAAUUCUCGACGGCCAAGAACCUGGUGGGCACUUCCGGCUUCACCAGUGCCCGCUUGUACACCAUGAUUCAAGGAGGCACCGCCAACACCCCCAUUUCUGCUAUCCCUGCCGCCGUCGCCGAGGAAACCUCCCUUCUGCUCGGCCUGUGGGCUUCCGGUGGAAACUUCGCCAACGAAAUCGCCGCCCUCAAGGCCGCCAUUGCCGAUUACGGAGAUGAUUUGGCCAAGCUGGUUGUCGGUAUUUCCGUCGGCAGUGAGGAUCUGUACCGGAACUCGGUCGACGGGGUCAAGGCCAAGGCUGGCCUCGGCGCCAACCCGGAUGAGAUCGUCUCGUACAUCAACCAGGUCCGUUCCACCAUUGCUGGCACCAAGCUGAGCGGUGCCCCCAUCGGCCACGUCGAUACCUGGACCGCCUGGGUCAACGGUUCCAACUCGGCUGUCAUUGAUGCCUGCGACUGGCUGGGUUUCGAUGGCUACCCGUACUUCCAGAACACCAUGGCCAACUCCAUCUCCGAUGCCAAGGCUCUUUUCGAUGACUCCGUGGCCAAGACCGAGGCUGUCGCCAAGGGCAAGGAGGUCUGGAUUACCGAGACUGGCUGGCCCGUCAGCGGCAAAACCGAGAACCUCGCCGUCGCCAACCUGGCCAACGCCAAGACUUACUGGGACGAGGUGGGAUGCCCUCUGUUCGGCAAGACCAACACCUGGUGGUACAUGCUCCAGGAUGCCAACCCGGUGACCCCCAACCCCAGCUUCGGUAUCGUCGGCAGCACUCUGAGCACGACUCCUCUCUUUGACCUGUCCUGCUCCGCUUCAUCUUCCUCCGCUGCCGCUUCCUCCACUGCUCUCCCCUCGGCCUCGUCUGUUGCCGGCGGCAAGGCCUCUGGUUUCGCUACCGCGGCCGCUUCCUCCGGCGCGGCUGGCUCUGCUAAGCCCACCUUCACCGUUGGCAAGGGACCCGGUGCCUCCUACAACGGUACCGGCUCAUGGAACUCUACCUCGUCGGCCCGUCCCUCUAGCAGCGCCAUCUCCGGCUCCUCUUCUGGCUCCUCUUCCUCUGGCUCUUCCGGCUCUUCUGGCUCCGGUGCCUCCGGCCAGUCCUCUUCCUCCACCGGCAGCUCCUCCGCGCCUUCGACUUCUAACAUCCUGAGCAACGCUGCCAGCGGUCUCUCGGGCUCCAUCUUCGGCGCUGUCGUUGCCGUCUGCCUCGCUUUGGCUGCCCUGUAA